ACUGAGGCAAAAGCUUUCCAGACGGUUGGACCAGGGAAUGUGGGAGGUGUGUAUAUGUGAAGUGUGCAUGUGUGUAAUACAGAAGAGUGGAUGUGGACUUACCUGUGCAAGGGUUUCUCUGCCGGCCAAAACUCUAGACUGAAGAGUGACUUGACAAUCAGAGGGGGUUUCCUUUCACUGUCAUGCUGCAGCACGCUGUCCACCUGUGUGUGUAAUUGAAGUACAAAUGUUGUGUCUAAUCCUAAAGCUCAGCUUGUUCUUAGGCUACUGUAAUCUGAUCAAUUAGUUUUUUCAACAUGGCACACUCUGGAUCUGGACACUACCCCUCUAACAACCAUUUUGGUUUUGCCCAAGCUGAGAUCAAUCAGGAGUGCCCAAUUAUCUCCUUAUCAAGGAGUUCCUCAGACAUGGCCAGUGGUCCUGCUCAGAGACCGGAGCUAGCCUGGUGCCGGCAACAUCUUCGCAAAAGUCUCAGCAGUACAGCCUACCCUCCGAGACCUGCUAGUAGAGGAGGAUCUGUCACAGGCUUGCCUUCUUCUUUAGAUCCUGACGAACAUAGUAUAGCUGUAGGUGGUGUUAAGACCACUCCAGAGAGUGCUAUUUGGUGUGAAAGACCCACACGACCAUGGAGCAUAACCGAGGACUCACAGCAGGUAAACAACGCCAAAUGGUGUGCACCUUGUUCUCCUUCCAUGCACCGGGAUUUAAGGAUGGGCUGUUCAGGGGGAAGGGUGUCAUGUUGUCAGUGCCAUGCAGAGGAAAACCUGAAAGCCUGUAACAAAAUGGUUUAUGGGAUGUUGUCUCCUGCACUAGGCACCAGGCCCUGUCUUAGGAACGCACACAACCUUGCACAACAAGGGAUAAAUGACAGACUUUGUACUCAGAGUUCCUUCAAAGAUGAGCACCACUGUUUACCAACAUGCGGGUCUUCAUGCGUUAAUAAUACACUCAAUGCUGGCUCCUUCAAAAACACUUGCCAUGUUGUGCCCUGUCCUGGACAUUUAUUAUCUCUACCAGCAUGUGCAGGAGGUUCUUGUUUACCUGAAAGGUCAAGAAUCCAUUCACCUUGGCAUGGUUUCCCACCACUGGUGUCCUCUGUCAGUGAGACUGGACUAAACAGUUGGGCUACGGGUCACUGCUAUGGACCUGAAACCUGUGGGAAAAACAUUUCUAGCUUUAGAUUAGACCAAAAUAGACAGUCUGGGUUUGGCCAGCCGGGCGUGAGAGAUGCAUGUAACAUGACAUCUCAAAAGGAUUUCAGAGAAGUUGGUGUGCAAACUAUUUCUACAGAUUCCCUUAUUUCUCCUGUCUCCAAUGCUCUCCCAAAGAUUCUUAUGACAUCUCGUCCAGGUUCAAAUGUAUGUCCAGACGGAGAGGAUGUGGAGACCACAAUAUCUGUAAAGGAGGUGGAGUGGGAUGCAGAGGGAAUGACAUGGGAGGUCUACGGGGCAGCUGUAGACCCAGAAGAGCUUGGCCUGGCCAUCCAGCGUCAUUUAGAGCUUCAGAUCAAAGAAACAGCAGCUGCUGCUGCCCAGAAGCAAACAACUGCAGAUAAUAAUGGUUCCUCAAUGCAACAAAACAAUCGACAGAGGAAGAGCGAAAGUGUGAUACGAUUACUGUGUGGUCCAGCAUGCUGUUCACAUUCCACUGCUGUAGAAGACUGAGGAGAUGAAUGAAAUUGUAAGCUUAUAAGCAUGUAAACUGCCUUCUUUACCUCUUAAGCACUUUUGAAUUAUUAUAAAAGAUGAAACCUAAGCACUUGACAGGGUACAGUAUGUGGGGUCUGUUUGUCCUUUAUAGUUGCUGCUUAUUCAUCAUUUAUUACUUUUGAAGCAGAGAACUAAAAAAUAACUGAAGAAAUACGAAAAGGCAAGAUUCUGGACUACUAUACUCAGGAACAACUUUAAGGCAAUACUUGAAACUAACAUACACAUGUACAUUGUACCUGAAUUAAAUCUAGAUCUGGUAAAUGUACAGUACUUGGAAAAAAUGAGUAAUGCAACUAGUUAUAUACAGUAACAAACUCAAAUUGCUCUUAGCAUUGUUGUAUACUCCUGUAUGUAAAUAUCCAGUACGCCUUUAUUAAAGGCCAUUUUCAGAUUUAUCAUCCAAGUCCACAAUCAAAGUUUACUGCAAAGUACAGAUUAAAAUUUGCUGAUUUAAUUUUGCUAUCUAUUAUACUUACCAUUAUAACUUACCAUUAUAACUAGCAGGUAUAAGUUUAAAUUAUGUACAUACUUUAUUUCAAACCUAACAUAACAUGAAUGACGGUGAUACUAUUU